AUGGAAGGAAUUCAAUAUCGUGCUAAGGCGAUCGUUCUGCAAGGCAAGUAUUUCAGCUUCCGGUCAGAACAGCCUCCCUCCUCUCCCCUGCUUGGGCUGUUCCAUGGGUUCUCCUGGGUAGGGGUCAUAUCGGGAGGAGAGGAGGGGAAAGCCCUAUUGGGCAACUGGAAGUCCUUGCGCAGGAUUUCCACCGACAGGGCUCCUCGUUUGAAACCCACCCAACGAGGCCAGGCGGCAUUUUCAAGAGGUUUAAGCACCCAAAGCAGCUUUGAAGGUGGAAAAUUGCAUGAGAACCUGUCAGCUCAUGCAAACAAUGAAGCCAGUGGAGGACAAUUGUGCAUCCUCCUUUUACACUACUUGUAUAGUAUUCACUGCUAUAAGUGGUGGCAGAAGUGGGUUUAA